AUGGCGUUGCUGAAAUCGAAAUUCCGCCUGACAAGUCCGUGGAUGCAGAAUUUUAUUUCUGGAGUUAUCCUAUUCCUGACAGUGGGGAUCUACUUGGCAGUCAUCGGUCUCGGUGCAGGAGGAGGAAAGCCCAGCUCGGCUCAUGUGGCAACCAUCACCUACACCUCCAUCUACGCUGUCUUCGCCGUGACUGGUUUCUUCGGUGGUAGUAUUAUGAACACGAUCGGGCCGAGAUGGACAAUGACAAUCGGUGCUAUUGGAUAUCCGUUCUACAUCUCAAGUCUCUGGUACUACGACGCAACAGGUCAUGAUUGGUUUCCCCUGACAGCAGGAAUCCUGGGAGGUUUCGGGGCAGGCUUACUCUGGACCGUUUCGGGCUUCAUUCAGUUUGCCUAUGCUGCAGAGGCAGAUAAGGGAACUUACAUUGCGUGGCAGCUUUUUUUGCUCGCGAUCGGCUCGACAGUCGGCGCACUUGUGGCCUUCGGAAUCAGCAUCAACGAAACUGGCCUGACCGGUGUUCCAACAUCAGUUUAUCUGACAUUCAUCAUCAUUAUGUCCUCGGCUAUCGUUCUAUCAUCACCACAGGACAUCGUCCGAGAUGAUGGUACUCACCUAGCGAUCUUCGAGGCUACUGACUUUAAAACAGAAGUCAAAGCAUGCAUUUAUUUGAUGAAGGACUGGAAAAUUGUCGCUCUGAUUGUCCCGAUGAUAGCAACGGAGAUGUCCUCGGCCUUGAUACCAACACUUAGCGCUUACACCUUCAACCUGCGAACGCGAUCGCUAAAUAGUGUUCUUUUCUGGGCCGUCCAAAUUCCUGCGACCCUCCUUUACGGCUUGGUAUUAGACAACGAUCGGUUUUCAAGACGCGUCCGGGGCAUCAUGGCACUCACCAUUGCGGUUGUGAUAGUCGCUGUUAGCUGGGCUCUUGCUCUCAGAAUUCAAGUGAAGCACCAACUACGGCGGGAUGUGCCUUCUCCAGAUUGGGACUGGACAGAUUCUCAAUACGCGGAGUUCAGCGUCAUGGUACUUUUUACCGGUAUUGCCUAUGCGAUUGACCAAAUGAUCGUCAUGUGGGUAAUCAGUGCGUUCAGUAAUGAGCCCAGACUACUUGCAAGAUACGGUGGCUUUUUCAAGGGCAUGUUGAGCGCUGGGUUGUGUAUCGCUUUUGGCAUGGAGUCAGGGAGAGUUUCGUAUCUGAACCAAACAAUUGUCCAGACCACGCUGAUGCUUGCCUCAUUCCCGAUCAUGUAUUUCCUGGUCAUUAAGUGUGUGAAGGACACAAAUUACUUCAGCGAGGCCACCGUCAUCCCACCGGAAUAUGCUGGCGUUCAGAAAUCGCAGGCUGCAGCCCAGGAGACCGAACUCGGAAAAUCAUGCUAG